AUGGGAAACGCCUUCUGGCCAUGCCUCAAGGCUGCCGCUCCUGCCGUCGAGCUCAUCUUCUGGGGCGGCGCCACUGAGCGGAUCACGCUUUCCCGCGGCGCCGCGAAGCCACUCCUCGCCGGCGAGAUCAUGUUCCGCUUCCACGACCACGUCGUCUGCCACGCCGACUCCUUCUUCAUCGGGCGCCCCGUGCCCGCUCUCUCCGUCGGCGACCAGCUCCUCCCCGGCCACACCUACUUCAUCCUCCCCGUCGACCGGCUCCCGGACUUGCACGACCCCCUCACGGCCGCGUCGCUGACGUCUCUCUCCGCCUCCCGAAAUUCCCCUCAGGUAGCCGGCGGGGGGAAAUCUCCGUUCGAGUAUGUGAGGGGAGCCGACGGGAGGGCGUCCAUCAAGGUGCAUCCGGAGUUCGUGACCAAGCUGAUCUCCGUCUGCGAUGCGGAGGAGAGCGGCGCUUUGUGCAGUACGCCGGAGCUGAAGAAGCACUACGAGCAGCUGGUGGGGUCGAAGGAUCGCCGGCCGUGGUCGCCAAAGUUGGAAAGCAUAGAGGAGAAGGAGAAGCAGAAGGAGAAGGAGAAGAAGAGGAGGAUGCUGCACUCAACAAGCAAGUUAUUAAUGUCGCCAGCUAAGUUAGCGUUGGAGAAGAUUACGUAG